AUGCUCCGGCCGUUCCCCUGCCCCCACCGCACGCCCGCCGCCGCCGCCGCCAGCCCGCCCCCCGCCGCCGCGGCCGCAGCCAUGGCGCCGUCCUCCUCCCGCUCCCACUCCCACUCCGGCGGCGGGGGCGGCGGCCACGUCUCCCUCUCCCUCUCGCCUUCCUCCUGCAGGCACACCCCCUCCUCGGCCACGCUCGAUCUCCUCAUCCUCCUGCUCGUGCUCUUCUCCCUCGCCUUCCUCCUCGCCUCCUCGCUCGCCCACGUCUCGCGCUCGCUCUCCCCGCUCCUCGCGUCGCCGCCCGCCGCCGCGGCGCUCGCCUCCGCCGCCGCCGCCCUGCCCUACUUCGCUGCCGGCCUCCCCUACGUCGCCGCAGCCGCGGUGCUCGCCACGGCCGCCUUCCUGUCCUGCCGACGCCUCCCUCGCCGCCGCUGCCGCAACCCGCGCUGCCGCGGGCUCCGGAAGGCGCUCGAGUUCGAUGUCCAGCUCCAGAGCGAGGAGGCCGUGCGGGCUGGCGGGGGGAGCACCGUUGGCGGCGCUGACGCCGCCAUGUGGCGCGAGAUCGAGACCUUGCCGUGGAAAGGGGGCCAGAGCGGGAACAAUCCAGACUACGAGUGCCUUCGCGCAGAGCUCCGCCGGAUGGCGCCGCCCAACGGCCGCGCUGUCCUGCUCUUCCGCAACCGCUGUGGCUGCCCGGUGGCCAAGCUCGAGGGCUGGGGCACCCCCAAAAGCAAGCGGCGGAAUAAGAAGGGCACGCAAGGUUCUUCACUGGACGGAGGGGUGCGAUAA